CUAACUAUUCGCAGAAUUCCUCGCUCCUUCCGGAAAAGCCCAAAACCCGACUCCGUUUCAAAUUUCAUGGUAUCAAAAAGCCCGACUCCGCCCGAAAGCCUCUACUUGGAUCCGGGCGAAAUGGCCCUUCCCGGACUCGGGCCAUACGCCACGGCGGCGAUCACCACCACGGCGUCGACGUCGACGUCGUCCGCGGAGGAUCUGAGCAAGAAGAUUCGGAAGCCCUACACUAUCACCAAGUCCAGAGAGAGCUGGACCGAGCCUGAGCACGAUAAGUUCCUCGAAGCUCUUCAGCUCUUUGAUCGUGAUUGGAAGAAAAUUGAAGCAUUUAUCGGCUCGAAGACAGUUAUACAGAUACGUAGUCAUGCACAGAAGUAUUUCCUGAAGGUUCAGAAGAAUGGGACAAGCGAGCAUCUACCGCCACCCAGGCCGAAAAGGAAAGCAUCUCACCCUUACCCUCAGAAAGCGUCAAAAAAUGUGGUGGCACUCCCACAAGUGUCUGCUUCGUGUCACUCUUCAACAGCUUUACUUGAACCUGGGUUCGUCCAAAGGCCAGAUUCAUCAUCGGUGCUUAUUAGUCCUAGGAGUGGUGGUGUAGUACCUUCUUGGCCUAAUGGUUCUGUGCAAUCAGCCAACCUAUCAAAUGAGACCAAAGGAUCAACUAAGCCGAGCUGUAAUAGUGCAGAAAGCACUGCAAAAGCUCAACCAGCCGCAGAAACACAGAACCAGAAUAAUGGCCAUCCCUUGAGAGUUUUGCCCGACUUUUGUCAAGUAUACAGCUUCAUUGGCAGUGUCUUUGAUCCGAAUACUUCAGGGCAUCUGCAGACACUGAAGAAGAUGGACCCUAUAGAUGUUGAAACGGUUUUACUGUUAAUGAGAAAUCUAUCCAUGAAUUUGACAAGUCCUGAUUUUGAGGAUCAUAGAAAGUUGCUUUCAUGCGGCAAGAUUGAUGGCGAUACAAAAGACCAUCUUGAUGCAAGUAAAACCCUUCAUAAUGACCAACACAAGAAUGUUGCUUAGGUGCACAGUCGUGAAGUUAGAAGAUUCUUUUUCGGUCACUUGGUGGUAUUGUCAGAUGAAUCACCAAGAAAACGCAGAAAGUAUCAGAAUGCUUUAGGUUCCAUGUAGGUGUUGACAUUAUAUAGCGCAUAGUUGUUGUGAGCUCAGACUACAGAAUAUGUUCAUAAUUUAUUGUAAUAUGGUGUAGUGUGUUCAAGGAAAAGCAAUACAUUUUGCAGGAGUGUGUAUAGCAGUUCAAAUUUUAGGUUAAUGUACUUUUGUACAGUGGUGAUCCCCUGUGUAUUCAUCCUGUUACUAAUCACAGUAAGCGUGUUGUUGAUGUUUGUU